CAUUACAGGGCAACAACAAAAACACAAUCAACCGGUAAAGUCCCAGUCCACCCAAGAGCACGCCAAAAGAUGACCCAGCUAAAGACUGCUGCCCUCCUGGCUGCGACACUCCUCGUCCUCCUCGCCGCUGCAGCAGCAGUUUCAGGCCAACCAUCUCCUCAUUUUGACGUCCCAAACUGCCAGAAUGACAUCGACGCGCUGUGGCGCACCUGCAAGCAGUACGUCAAGAAGGAGGGGCCCAAGCAGAAGCCGUCUUCGGACUGCUGCAAAACCGUGCAGGCUGCAGAUGCCCAUUCGUCCUGCAUCUGCGAUUACCUGGGCUCCCCAGACGCCAGGGAGAAUUUAAGCCUGGAGAAAGUCUUCUAUGUCACCAAGCAGUGCGGCGUCACCAUCCCUGCAGGCUGCGGAUCAAAGAGGUUCUGAGACAAGGAACUGGCUGAACCUGAAUGAAGGAGAUUGGCUAACACACACAAGGCAGCUAGAAAAUGCUCAAAGUAAUAAAUAAAGUUGGUCAACUGUUAGUUUGAUGAUGUUGGAGAACAAGAACUGUACUGAUGUUCACACAUAUAUAAACUCUAAUUAAUUACAUGAUUA